AUGGGAUGCCAAACUAUUGAACUACAAACGUUGAACGAUAAUGAGGCAUUGGAUCUUUUUAAAGCACAUGCCAAUAUUAAUAAUUCCUCUCGUGGUUUGAAGGGCAUGCCAGAAAAAAUUGUUAAGCAUUAUGGAGGAGUACUAGUUGCAAUUGUAGCAGUUGCAAGAGUAUUAAAAAAUCAGUCUACACCAAUUUGGAAGGAUACUUUGAAAACAUUGGAAGAUGGCGGUGUUGAUAGGAAGUUGGAAGAGGCUUAUAAAUGUUUGAAGUUAAGCUAUGAUAACUUGAAAAAUGAAAAGGCUAAGGAACUCCUUUUGAUAUCUUCUCUAUUCCCAGAAGAUUUUGAAAUUUUGAUAAACGUUUUAACCAAAAUAGGUACAGGAUUAGGCUCUUGUGGGGAAAAUGAUGAACACCAUGCAAAAAGAAGUGUUGUGCAUGCAGCAAUAAUGCAACUCAUAGAUUGUUCUUUAUUGUUGAGAGGUGAGGAAGAAUGUAUAAACAUGCAUGAUUUAGUUCAUGAAGUGGCAUUGUGGAUAGGAGAUAAAUAUAUUCAAUCUGUCAUAGAUUCAAAAGUGGCUAUAAACAAGAACCUGAGAUAUUUCUUUUGGAAGGGUGAUGAUUUUCUUAAUGAAUUGGAUGGAAAGGAAUUAGAGGUUUUAUUAAUCUUUUUAGAUGGUUCAAAGGACUUGGAAGCCUCAGAUACAUUCUUUAUAGAGAUGAAAAGGCUUAAAGUUUUGAUUUUAGCUAUCUCAGAAGCAACAUUUAAGCAUCUUGUAGGAAUAGCUGAACUUCUUUUCUCAGAUGAUUGGUCUGAAGAAAUGAUGUGGAAGAAUCUUAUCCCUGAUGUUAUUCCAAUAGACAAUGGAGGCAUGAUGAAUGAUUUGAUUGUUCUUCAUUUGCGUCAUGUGCCCAACAUCGAAUGCCUCAUUGAGACUGAAAAUCACAAUUAUGAUGUGAGUGCCUUCUCUAAUUUAGUUGGACUACAUCUCUUUUAUAUUGAUGUUGAAGAUUUAUAUCGAGGUUCUUUGCCAUCUGGAUUUUUCUAG